AAACGUCACACCGCAAGCAUGAAGCCAAUAGAGAGCAGGGGAUAUUUUCCACUGACGUGGACCAAUCAGAUUAAAGAACACACAACCGCAUGAAAGAGCUUCAGCAGCACGAGCCGCUCAGCACCAGUGUCUGAGAUGGAGACAUCAAGAGUCGCUCUCAUCGCUCUCGUGUGUGUUGUGUUCUCCAGUCAGAAGAGGAUCUCUGGAGCAGAAGUGGAGAUGAGAGUCAGACGAGGAGACGACGUCACUCUCUACUGCGACUGUGUUUGGAAAGUUGGAUUUAUUCCAGCAUGGUUUAGAAACUGCUCAGAAAAGGAUCAUCCUCGUUUCAUGAUCUCAAAUAAAGAUUGGAGCCUUUAUGAAAUACCUGGUAGUGCUCUUACACGUUACUGGUUUGUGUUUAAUGACUCCAGCAACACACACGAUCUGCUGAUUAAGAACGUCACAGAAGCAGAUCAGGGCCUGUACUACUGCGCUCUACAUGAGAAAAAUAUUUCAAAGGAUAACAAUGGCAUCAUCAUCAGUGAUGUGUAUCAUUACGGAAACAGAUCCACUCGACUCUCUCUACUCGAGAAGGUCUCUCCAUGCUUAACUCUCUCUCCAAGCACCCCGACCCCGAGUGUAUCUGAGCCGAGUGUUAGCUGGAAGCUGGUGUUCAGUGUGUGUGUUGUGUGUGUUCUCCUCUCCUCACUCCUCUCCUCCAUCUGUGUGUACUGCCUCUGCACCACUAAAGCAAAAGCCAAAGCUGAUCUGGCAGGAAGUGACAAAAGGACGACUCGGAGAUGUGAUGAGGUUGGAGAAGAUGAGGUCUGUUACGCCGCUUUGGACAUCCAGAACAUUGAGAAGAAGAAGACGAAGAGGAAGAAGAAGAGAGUUCAGCACUCUGAUUUCAGCACAUAUUCAGAGGUCAGAACUGAGAGAACUGAGGGAUGCUGAGGAGGCGUUAAUGAAAUGUGUAUUACAUCACAGUGUAUGAUUUUGAUAAACUGUUUUUACAUCCUUAAUGACAUUAAUCAUCCAGAGUGAAAUGAAGUUUAAAUGCUUGCUGCUUGUGCUUCAUGGUUUUAUGUCUGGUUCAUUAUUUUUAGAUUAAAUAAAAUACUGAAAUUGAUUAAACUGUUAUCACUACAUAUAUAUUGAAAUAUAUAACAUGAUAACUUUUUAACAUGAACACAAAUCACACCAACAAGAGAGGUGUUUGAGGAAUUUAAACUGUCUGGGAGAGAGGAAGAGGAGUGAGGGUGAGUGCGUUAGUGGAGAAGGAGGGUUUGGGAUGAUCCUGAACCUGCCAUGAGCUGUUUGUUAGUUCCAGCAUCAGGGCAGAGCAGUGAUCAGGUUGCUCUCAUGUGGUGGCUCAGACGUUUGGGUGUGAAGUUUCAGCACUGAGCUGGAGGCUGAGCAUCUUCUGGGAGGUCUGCGUGGGAAAUAAUAGAGUUGCGUUAGAAUGAGCAAGAAUUUUUCUCCUUAUCUGUCAUCUUCUUCACUCUUCACUCCUAAGCUUACUGUAAUUGUAACCUCUCUAUCAUGUGUGUUUACAGUCAGCCUUGUCUGCACAUGCUUUGUUGUUUUAUUGCUGUCCUUGGGCUCACUGUCUGGGUGCAGAACCUACCCAGGAACUGUCGAUUCCAUUCAAUACCAAUCAUGAUCUCAUGAUCUGAGACAAGCGUGAAGUGCCUCCGUCCUCCAGCUACGUGCUGCAAAACGGCAGUAGUGCUGGUGAGAUCUCAGGACUAUUGAGCUACUGGAAGGUUGCAGGUUCUCAGUGAAAGCUGCACAGGGUUUAGGACAUCCAGAAUCAGCUUGUUGGUCUUCAGGGGGCAUGUAAACCAACCAGUAGUCUGUAUUUAGUUCCACUAUUACUAACCAGAUAAAUGGAACCCUCUUAAGCUAUUCAGUGGACGCGUUCAGUUAGAGAUGGAGGGUGGAGUGUCACCUCAAACACCUUUUAUAGCCUUCAGUAGUCCUUUCAGAAUCAGAGACUUCCAUCCAGCUUCCAUCCAGCGUUGGGUAUCAUGACUCAGCGCCUUUAAGCUAAUGUAGUGAUGCCACCUCGCAGCUCGAGCAU